GACGCGUGAUUUCAAUUCAACGCUCCUCUGGAAUUUCCAUUUCCUUUCAGUUAAUAAAAUUUCCUAUUUAUUUAAAGGCGGUGAUUCCAUCACCUGUCUUUCCAUUUUUAGUGUCAUUCCUCCUCACGAGAUCGAAAAAAAAAAAAAAAUCUUUUGUUCUUUUUGGCUUCUUCUUUUCUGUUUCUGAAUUUUUAAAUUCACAAAAAUUAAUUUAACUGCGUAGAGAAGAAAGAUCAGGUCGAGAGAGAGAGAAAAAAAAAAAGCUUCAAGGCGAUAGCGUUUGCAGAACGUGACGAACAUUAAAAAAAACAUCGAAAGUUUGGUCUGAGAGAGAGCUCGUGCUUUGGUCUGAAAAAAAUCGACGAAAAUUCAGACAACCAAAAAAAAAGCCCAAAAAGAUGUUUGGGAUCCAAAACAGGCGAGACCUAACGAUGGAGCUCCAAUCCCAGAUCCCCAUCCUCCGCCCCAGCAUCCACGCCCGCCGCGCCAACAUCGUCGUCAAGUUCCAGGACCUCUACGGGUUCACGGUGGAAGGCAAUGUCGACGACGUGAACGUGCUCAACGAGGUUCGAGAGAAGGUGAGGAACCAGGGGCGGGUGUGGUGGGCUUUGGAAGCUAGCAAGGGAGCUAACUGGUAUCUCCAGCCGGAGAUUCUCAUGAUCGGCGACGGUAUCGCCUUGAAGAAGACGUCUCUCAAGAUCUCGACUUUGACGAAUGCGAUUACGUUGAAGAGGUUGGUUAGGAAAGGGAUCCCUCCUGUGUUGAGGCCUAAGGUUUGGUUCUCUCUCUCUGGUGCUGCGAAGAAGAAGUCUACUGUGCCGGAGAGUUAUUAUAGUGAUUUGAGUAAGGCUGUUGAUGGGAAGGUCACGCCUGCUACGUUGCAGAUUGAUCAUGAUCUGCCAAGGACAUUCCCAGGCCAUCCAUGGUUGGAUACUCCAGAGGGUCAUGCUGCUCUACGACGUGUGCUUGUUGGCUAUUCUUUUCGUGACUCUGAUGUUGGCUAUUGUCAGGGGCUAAACUACGUAGCAGCGUUACUAUUGCUUGUGAUGAAGACAGAAGAAGACGCGUUCUGGAUGCUAGCAGUUCUUUUGGAAAACGUAUUGGUCCGUGACUGCUACACGACCAACUUGUCUGGAUGCCAUGUUGAGCAGCGGGUUUUCAAAGAUCUGCUCGCCCAAAAGUGUCCUCGAAUAGCAACUCAUCUUGACGAUAUGGGCUUUGAUGUCUCUCUUGUAGCCACUGAGUGGUUUCUAUGCCUCUUCUCCAAAAGCUUGCCUUCUGAGACAACUCUAAGAGUGUGGGAUGUACUUUUCUAUGAAGGAGCAAAGGUUCUUUUCCAUGCAGCUUUGGCAAUAUUCAAGAUGAAAGAAAACGAGCUGCUUAUGACUCACCAGGUCGGUGAUGUGAUCAACAUAAUACAGACCACCUCACACCAGCUCUUUGACCCUGAUGAAUUAUUGACAGUGGCAUUUGAGAAAAUUGGAUCCAUGACAACCAACACAAUAUCAAAGCAGAGGAAGAAGCAGGAACCGGCGGUGCUGGCAGAACUUGACCAGAGACUUCGCAGACUCAACUCUCUUAAAGAAACUGGUAAGAACACUUGAAUUAAAAAAAACUGUUGGGACUUGAGGGAGAAGAUGAGCCAAAAAAAAGUGUACAACAAGGAGGGAGUCCAAUGGUUUGUUUGCUUACCCUUCUUGAUGGUCUUUUUCUUCUUAUGUUAAAGUAUAUAAAGAUAGGGUUUCUAAUUUUGAGAGCAAAACUAAAGACCAACAAACAAGAUCCAUUUUCUGUGAUGGUAAAUGUCAAAGUUUCUUUCUUUUGCUUUGUUUUACUUGAUAUCAUCAAUUUGUGAUCUUCAUGUUUUCUCAUACAAUAACCAAUUCAUUUCUUUC